AGCCACAGCGUAAGACAGGAUAAAGUGCGUUUUCUAGCUUUCAAUGCGCGACGUCCACUAGAUGACAAGCAUUGGCAACAACGCACGUCGCCAAGGGCGUGUGUCGUCUCACAUAAGAUACAGUGUUACAGUCUACCAAGCGCUUCAAGUGACCAGUGUGCGGCAGCGAGCUGGCUUCAUCAGCAUUUGUGACGCGCGCCAACUCUACUCAACUCAUCGCUCGUUUGGCACCGAACAUAUAUUCUUCUGCCAAUGAACAUUGGGCAUUUUUUUCUACAUGUUUAAAUACCUCUGCAAUAUUAUGAAAUAAAAAUUUGUGCAGACCUACAUGUUCAAUAAUGAUUUUCACUAUAUUUAAAUCUUCUAGACUUCGUGUAACAUUUCUUAACCUUUAUAUCGCGCCAUCUCAAUAGUAUUUCUGUUAUAGCAAUUUUUAACGCGGCGAGGUGGUGGGCAGUGCCAGUUUUGCGCAACGCGAAGUGCUUUCCAGUUGGUGUUACGGCAAGCAGCCUCUUGUAAAUUGCGGGAAAAUUGAAAUUAUACUAUAGUAAAUGCGGGAAACAUACGAAAACUGAUGGGACGGACAAGACAUGUUGCAAAUGCUGGGAUAACGUUAAAGCGGAGAUUUACUGUCUUAUGAAUGAAAGAAAAGUUUUAAUGUGGGGUACUUGCCUCGAUUGUGCUCCUCAAAUACUGAUUAGAAAGACAACAGAUCUCGUAGAUCUAUAAGUAGAAACUAUUUCCAGAUAUAGUGCUCGGGAGUCAUUACGUUAUAUGCAAUCACAUAUCUUGAAGUGCAUAAAAUACUUUGCAGAAAAAUUAAAUACUGAAAAUAGAACAAGAAUAUUAAAAAUUAUUAGAAAACAAUUUUUUCAUUGCAUUAUAAAAACCACAUUUCAUCACAAAUUAAUUUGAAAAAUCAAUUCCUUGACUAUUAAGAUUUUAGUACCUACCACAAACAAGGUAUUCAUGAAUCAAAUGAGCUUUAUGUUUCAUUUUGAUAAAAGAAUAACAUGAAGACAAAGGUUGAUUUUAAGUUAAUUAACAUUUCCACAAUUAAUGAAAUUUAUAAAUAACCAAUGUUCAAACAUAUAAUUGUUCUUGAUGAUUUUACAUUUUUUAAAGAAAACAAAUGUCAACAUUUGCCACUGUAAUUGAAUACAACAAAUAGCCGAGUUUCAGUACCAAAUUUGAUGAUUUUUACCAAAUUACACUCAAAUGUUUAUCUUCUAGAGAUUAUAUUUUUUUGCCCACACCAAAACAGUAAAUGUGGUAAAACAGUUAAUGUAGAUUUCUUUUGAAACUCAUCAAUUCAAAUAAUCUUUUUGCUUCAAAAACACUUGGUAACUUAGGCUCAAUUUAACUAUUCCAGGUAAAACACUCAGAACUUAAAAAAUAUCUAGAGGCCAGGUUAACAACAAAAGGAAGAAUUAAUCCUUAAGAAUUAAAUGAAUCCUACCCUAUUUCCACCAAACAAGAAAAGCCAACCCUAAAGUGAGCAAGGGGCUUGCAAUUGCAUAAUAUGAACCACCACGCUUUGGUUCUAUCCAUGGUUCAUCAUCCAGGCACUCAAAUUCACAACAGCGUUUUCCAGCCCGAAACCGCUGACAGAAAUAAGGUGGAUCACAGUAGAUAGCCCUGCACCACAUUGGUUCGCUAUGGUAACAGACACACAAUGAACAAGCGCUGGGACCUGGCACGUAAUAGAGACCAUGACUAACUGUACGGCCCUCAAAGUCAGUGCAGUCCUCUUCUAGAGCAUCGAGAAAACCAAAUAAAAAGGAUAAAUUUAAAAGAAAAAAUUUCCAACGCGGCAUCAUGAAAAUAUUCAAAUUAGUACCGGAUUUAUAUCAUAUUCUAUCGCGGUGACAUUUGACACAUAUUCCACCCGAUCGAUGCGAUUCGAAACAGCUCCAGCUCGUCGCGAAACGUUUCUCGGAUGGGGCUCGGUUAUACUAUACCACCACCUGCAACAAAUUGUCUAGUCCAUGAAGUCUUGUGGGUUUUUUAAUCGAACUUAAUAGGUCUUAACAAGCUGGAUGUCCUCUUCCGUCGCAACUGCGACACCACCCGAUGUUAUGAUUACAUGCUGCGCGCGCAUUAUUUCAGCCAAUGGGGUUUCCACUAGUGAAACCGGCGGGCUACAAUCCAUGCGGAGUGGUCGCGUGCCGUCCCUUUAAAGAGGGGUGUCCAAUUUGAGUUGUGUUUUGCGUACUCUCUGGGGUGUCCAAUUUGCGUUGUGUAGUCAGAGAAAUUGAAAUACAGUAGGUUACACCAUGGUAUAUUUUCUUCCAUGAUUACACCAGCGCUCUCUAGAAAAACAAAACCAUGGGUUUUCUAUAAUUUUAUUCAAUUGAGAUACUUUUGCUCUUAAUAUAAUGGAAUAUUUUUUGUAAUUUUUACCCAGAAUAUAUGACUUAGAACUAAUUAAAAUAUUUAUGUACAAAAAUAUUUACCUUCUUGCUACUUGAUUUGGAAGGUAGUUCUAUUGAUACGUUAACUUCCGGCAUUGUUCCCGCGCGAGUGGUGCAAGUUAAUUUGUCAAAGUGGAGAACAAUAAUUUUAUUUCUAUACAGAGAAAGUCUGAAAUAAAUGGUGAUUUAGAAGGUCAGAGCUCGGGAAGCGUACACACCAUAAACAGUGGACGUUCUAUUGACGUGUUCCAAGGAAAAGAAGCAGAAAAGGAUGUGAUUACUCCCCCAAGAAAGAAAUUAAAACAAGCUCGACUUUCCUUUCAAAAGCUUAGUCCCAGUGUUGACACAUCACCAAAGAAUGUUAAGAAGCGAAAAAUUAGUGAGGAUUCUGGAGAUGAAAUUAAAGUCGUAAAAUUAGUAAAGCCAAAUAGUGAAAAAAGUCUGCCGCUGACUCAGGAAAAAAAUCAUGACUCGGAGGCUUCAAAUUGUAAAAAAAGUGAAAAAAAAUGCCCUUCAGAAUGUGAAAUAGAAGUGGUUGAUUUAGAUAGUGAAGUCGAUAGGAAUGAACAAGAAGGCAGUCAAGGGAAUGUUAAAUUGGACACUACAGACAAGGAUAUUGAAAAAGGAUCUACAGAUGAUAAAUCUGAGGACGAAAAAAAGAGUAAUACAGAUAUUAAAAAUGCAGGAUGUGAGAAUGAAAAUGAAAAACCUAAAAUAACUUCAAAAGAUUGUUCCCCUAAAACAACUACCAAUGAGAAACCUAUUUUAAAUAAUGAAAUAGAACUCGAUAAUGAUAGUGACAGUUCUGAGUCGGAAUCUGAUGAAAGUUCUGAGGGAGACAAUGAGCUAAAUGAAACAAUUGAAGAUCAUAACUCAAGUGAUUCAUGUAGUGAAGUAACGAAGGCAGAUGAUCUGUGCCAGAAUACUUCAAGAAAUAAUAUUGAAACUGAAUCAAAAGUUCCUCUUACACCUAAAAAUAGUAUUCGUAGAUCAGACAUAAUUAAGAAAAAGAAACUUACACCAAAGCAGCUUUUACAGCGAGAAGAGGCAGCAAAAAAGAAAGAAGAGAAAGAGAAACAAAGAAAGGAGAAAGAAAGAAGGAAAGCUGAAGCAAAAGAAAAGAAGCGGAAAGAAAAAAAGGAGAAAGAAGAACUGAAGAGAAAAGAGAAGGAAGAAAAAGAAGAACAAAGGCGGAAAGAGAAAGAAGAGAAAGAGAAGAAAAAACUGGCAGAAUUAGAGCAAAAAUCUGAAGAAAAACGAUUAAAGGAAGAAGAAAGACGUAAAAAGGAGGAGCAGCGUGUACUUGAAAAGCGAAAGAAAGAUGAAAAAAAGUUUGCUGAAGAGGAGGCGAAGCGGAAAGAGGAAGAAGUUAAGAAGAAGGAAGCUGCAGCCUUUGCAAAUUUUUUUGUUGCUCCCAAAGGUGCUUCAAAAAUAACUGAAGAAGUGAAAGUAAAUAAUGCUGAAAAUUUCAUGCCCUUCCAGGUGAAAGCUGAUAUGCGUUUGGCUCCAUUAUGCCGGUCAAAUUUUGAUGGAACUCGCAUGGAAUCUUUUGAUACACUUUUUAAAGAACAGUCUGCCAAAGAGUUAUAUUUUGAUCACUUAAGGAAAAACUCAUAUGUUCGAGGAAAAUGUGGGAAAACAUGGCCUCUAUCAGAUUUAAGAGAUGUGAUCAUUAUAGAUGAUGAAGAUGAUGAUGUUAUUCUUGCAUCUAGUAGUAAUGAAGUUGUGGAAUCUCAUCCUACUAUUACACAUCCAAAAGCAAAAUUGUUGAUGUUUUGUGAAAAUCGACGACCUCCUUAUUGGGGGACAUGGACCAAAAAGAGCAAAAGUAUUAGACCAACCUGUCCGUUUAGGAAAGAUGAGGGAUUUUUUGAUUACGAAGUGGAUUCAGAUGAUGAAUGGGAAGAAGAAGAACCAGGUGAAUCUCUUCAUGGUUCAGAUGAUGAAAAAGAGUCUGAAGACGAAUAUGAAGUUGAUAAUGAGUUUUUUGUUCCUCAUGGAUACUUAAGUGAUGAGGAGAAUUGUGAAGAGGAGGAAGUUAUGAACCCUGAAACUAUGAAGGCUAAACUGAAGUUUUUGGAAAUGGAAUUUGAAGAAGAAAUGAAACACAAGACUGAACGAAUCAAACCCAGACUUUUUGGAUGCUUUUGGGCAAGUCAAAAGUCUGAUGAAGUUGGUGCAAGAGUUCUUGCAUUGUUGAGUUCCUACCGGGCUGUGUCCCAAGAGAAUCCAAUUGUAUUGAGUGGACCAUCUACUCCAGAAGUUGGCAGUCCUGUGCAUGAAAGCCAGGGAACAUGUCCUUCUACAGGCUCAAAGAAGAGGAAGAAGAAAUUUCCUGAAGCAUUUGUUCCUGCAUUGAUUAAGCUUGUCCAUGGAAAUAUAAAUGGACGAGGGUUUUUAGUGAAAGAGAUUUCUUCAAAGGAAUUAGAAACUGCAAGACUAGAAAAAGAAAAAGAUAAUGAUGAUCAAAUUCAGACAGAUACUGUUGUCUCUAAACUUAAAAUAUCUGAGAAGAUUAAAGAAAUUGCAUCAUGGAUUGCUUGUCCUGAUGAAGGUCCAUUUUUAAACAGAAUGUGCUGGUAUGUGACUUCAGAAAUAAGAGUAGCCUAUGGAUUGGAAGACUUGGUCAUUCCUAAUAAAGUCUGGAAUUAUAUUAAUGUGCCAAAGAGGGAGCUGGAGUUAUCUAAUACUAUUCCCUCACCUGUUGUCAGUGAGGCUAAUUUCAAACCCAAAUCCCUGCCUUUAAUAACUAAAUUUACGAGGAAAUUGUCUCCAGAGGAACGCCAGAGACAAUUAGCAUUAUCUAACUCGAGUAGCGAAACUGAAAUAGACAUUGUAGAUGAAGUUAAAGUUGUUUCUACUUCUGAAGAUAAUGAAAAAAUAUCUGGAGGAGAUAAGUCUAAUAAAGAAAAUUCUUCUGUGAAUGAUGGUAAAAUUAUUGCUGUUAAUGUUACUUCUGGAAAAACUGAUUUAGAUACUCCAAAUAGUGGACUGAAAAAAAUGGAUAGUUCUGGAAUUCGUGGAAAAUUGUUACAGUUUAAAUCAAAAGGUGCAAGUAUUAUUCCUCAUUUGGAGCAACGAAAGAGAGUUCCAAUUUUAAAGUCAGUACCAUUGGGUCAAGCGUUUUCACCAUCCACCUCAAAUUCUUCGAGUACAGGUGCUCAAGAAAAGCAGACAAAUGGUAAAAAUGAUAUUAAAGAGACUUCUGAAGAUGUUGAUUGUAUAAUGAAUUACUCUGUAUUUACAGAUUAUGAAUUUUUAUUUCUCAAAUAUCAAUAUAAUCAAUUUCUUUUGAUA